UGUGACUGAUAUCACAUCUCCAGAAUCACAGUACACAGGAUCAGCACUGUCUAGUUCUGCUUUAUCAUCUAUCACUGAUAUCACAUCUCCAGAAUCACAGUACACAGAAUCACCACUGUCUAGUUCUUCUGUAUCAUCUACCACUGAUUUCACAUCUCCAGAAUCACAGUACACAGAAUCACCACUGUCUAGUUCUGCUUUAUCAUCUAUCACUGAUAUCAUAUCUCCAGAAUCACAGUACACAGGAUCAUCCCUGUCUAGUUCUCCCAUGUCAUCUGCGACUGAAAUCACAUCUCCAGAAUCACAGUACACAGGAUCAGCACUGUCUAGUUCUGCUUUAUCAACUAUCACUCAUAUCACAUCUCCAGAAUCACAGUACACUGGAUCACCACUUUCUAGUUCUUCUGUGUCAUCUGCGACUGAUUUCACAUCUCCAGAAUCACAGUACACAGGAUCAGCACUGUCUAGUUCUGCUUUAUCAUCUAUCACUGAUAUCACAUCUCCAGAAUCACAGUACACAGGAUCAGCACUGUCUAUUUCUUCUGUGUCAACUGUGACAGAUAUCACAUUUCCAGAAUCACAGUACACAGGAUCUACACUGUCUAUUUCUUCUGUGUCAACUGUGACUGAUAUCACAUCUCCAGAAUCACAGUACACAGGAUCACCACUGUCUAGUUCUCCUGUAUCAUCUGCGACUGAUAUCACAUCUCCAGAAUCACAGUACACUGGAUCACCACUGUCUAGUUCUUCUGUGUCAACUGUGACUGAUAUCACAUCUCCAGAAUCACAGUACACAGGAUCAGCACCGACUAGUUCUUCUGUUUCAUCUAUCACUGAUAUCACAUCUCCAGAAUCAGAGUACACAGGAUCACCACUGUCUAGUUCACCUGUACCAACCGUGACUGAUCUCACAUCACCGGUGUCCCAGGAGACAGAGACAAUGGCUUCAAGUGUUCCUGUACCAACUGUGACGGCUGCUUCUGACGCGCCUGUGCUAACAUCAUCACCUAUGAGCCCCAUGUCCACAUCUGCAGUGUCACAGCAAACAACACCUGAGGCAUCGUCUGUUUCUGUGUCACCAAGCGAUUCUGCUUCUACAGAGCUAUAUUCAUCUCAAACAGCCGUGACAUCUGACAUAUCUGAUCAAACAUCUCCAGAAUCACCGCCGUUCACCGACUUGUCAUUUGCGUCAAGCGCUCCUCUAUCAGCUGUGACUGAUGUCACAUCGCAAGAGUCACAACAGACUGAAGCGUUCACUUCUGGGUUUUCUGUCUCAACUCUGACAGCUGCUUUUAGGAUAACUCCACUACCUAUGAGCCCCGUGUCUACAUCCCCCGUUUCUCGAUUGUCAUCGACACAUGCAGCGUCUGUGUCACCAGGUGCUUCUCUUUCCACGGAGAUAUUUUCACCUCAAACCUUCACGGCAUCCGAAUCGUCUGACCAGACUUCGGGACCAACUUCAUUCACUUCGACACAUCCAGAAUCGCUGCAAACAACACCGUCCUCCUCAGUACCCAGUGGCUCACCAUCCGCUCUAUAUUCCUCAUCGCCACCUGCAUCGGCUUCAUCACCGGAAUCCAUGGCUUCUACAUCUGCCGCUUCACGCGCAACAGCCACUUUUACGUCUGAGCAGUCAAGCCACCUCACGCGCACGGAGGAAGCGACUCCCUCUGAUUCUCUUGCAUCAACAUCUCCGAAAUCUCAAGAAACAACGCCAUCGUUGGCAUCAUCAGGGUCGCCUGGUGCGCCUUCCUCAAUGCCGUCGCAGGCUGUCACGUCUUCAGCUUCACUGCCGAGGGCAACGUUCUCGUCCAUCGCCACGUUAACAACCAUCGCCCUGACCACAGCCACCGAGUCUCGGGCCUCCGAGGCCCCGGCGACGCUGAACGAGACGAUGGUCGCCAGGGCGGCCCCCGAUCCCCGCUUAUCCGAGUCUCCCGACGAGCAGACGUUCAGCCUCAGGUUCAAAGUUCUCAACAAGGAGUUUGUCCCGGCGCUUCAAGAUCAGAGCUCGGACGAGUUCCAACAACUGUCGAGCGAUUUGAAUCAGGAGGUGAAAUCCAUUUUCAAGAGCGGGCCCCUUUCGAAGCAUUUUCGACAGAGCAAAAUACAUUCGUUCAGCAAAGGUUCGGUGAACUGCGGCGGAACUCUGAAGUUUAAUAAGCCAAAAGACAAGGAGAUAUUGGCAGAAGAUGUUCACGAGCAGUUCGUCGGCGGAACGACCCGAGGCAAUGCCCUAGGACCAUUUGCCCUUGCGUGUGGCAGCACUUCGGUAGAUGGUACGUACCGUGCAAUGUGUUGUUACCGGCGCUUCGCACAAAGCGGGCCUUGUUUUACAGACCCCACAUGGAUGAUGGGUUGAGUGGCUCUGCCUCAGCCUCCUCGCGAAUCCCCUUGCCUCAAGUUUCUCUCCGCUCAUUCCUCCUCCCUCUGCUCCUCCCCUCACCUCAGGGAUUCACGUCUCACUCAGUGGAUGUGUCCCCAGGUCACUGCGUAGACUGGAGUAGGCCCCGUCACAAGUAGCCAGAGCCGUGGCGAGGGGUAUUCUGGACGUGGGUCAGCACUACUGCAGAAAAAAAAGAUCCAGCGGAAAUUAAGCCGGGAGUGUUACUGAAAAUAAUUCAUUCGAGCACUUGUACAGGAAUACGCUCGUCAAGUUUGUAACAAUCACUUCCACAUGUUCUUGAGAGAUCUGGAAUGCAUACAGUUAUAGUCAACAAGUAAUUGGCAAUUGUUUCCGAAUAUUGGGCCUUUGCAUAUUUCACUACUUUACAUCGAGUAAACGUGCCCCCAGUAACCCCGUCCGCGGAGACGGAGCGAAUUGGCUCGUUGUGCAGAUGCUAGAUGGUGUUGCUGCGUCUCAGAACCGAAUUGGCGUUGAUUUGGCUGCUUAGGGGGAAGGAGCUGAUAGCCAACGUUUCAUUUCGAGCUGAAACAAGACGACAGCCCAGCAGCGUUCUGAUGUUGUCUGCCGGUCGAGUCGCCCUUGCAAAGACCUUCUUAGCUCAAUUGGCGUUACUCACCCCCCUCACCCACUCACUCGGUCACUCACCCAGUCAGUCACCCACACAGUCACCCACCCACUGACUCACACACUCAACCACUAAUUCACUCGCCCCGUCACCUUACCCAUUCACUCAGGCACUAACACGCCCACUCAUCCACUAACACACCCAAUCACCCAA